GCGCGUUUAGCGCUUGUGGCAGCAGCGGCGGCAGCGGCCGAGAGGGCUGGGCUGGUCCGUCAGCUGUGCGGAAAUCCGAAUGUCGGCGCGUCAGCGCACUGCCGCCAAGCUCGUGCUGCGUCCCUACACCAUCACCAAUAGUUGAUGAUGAUCACGCCGCCCUACCCCCAGGCACUUUACCCGAGCGAAGCUUCAAAUUGUUGUGAUGUCUUGGCACAGUUCAGCGAACAAUGAAAACAUUGAAUUGCUCAGAGCUUCUGGAAAAAGGUUAUACGCCAACACCGUCGGAAGCAUACGCAGUGCUGGGCAACUGGGCUCUGUUCCUGGCAGCUGUGGAAAGCCUGAUGGUGGUGACGACAGUGGCGGUGUUUGUGCACGAAUGCCACUACCUCAGUGCCUGCUGGCCCCGCAGGACACUACUCUACAGCUCCCUGGCUCUUGCUGUGUUUCCUGUAACUUCGGUCUGUGCCUUAGUGGCCACCGUGUUCCCAAGAGUUCACGAUGCCACUUCUUCUAUUAUCAUGCUGUAUCUUCCAUUUUCGCUGGUGAUGUACUUUGAGCUGAUCAGCUGCUAUGCGGGGGGCUCGGAGCAGCUUGUCCAGCGGCUCAUUAACGAGCAAAUGCCACUGCGGGGUCCCCCCAUCUGCUGUGUGCUGUGGUGCUGCCCGACACCUUCUUUCUCCAAGCAAAGGUAUGCUGUCCUACGGGUGGUGGUCUACCAGCUGUUCUUCAUCCCCCUGAUUCUGAUCACCAUCAUCUUUGUAUGCACGCUCACAGGCAUCCAUGAAGGGGAUAAGAUGGAGGCGACCAAUGCGUCCCCAUACCUGAUGCUCCUCCAGGCGGGAUCCUUCCUUCUGGGCACGUACGGCUUUGUCAUCUUUGUCAAGCUGGCCUCGCGGCCCCUGCCCCCGCAGCUGCUGCUGCGGCGCAAGUUCACCGUACUGCACCUGCACUUCACCCUGACGCGGCUGCAGCUAGUUGCAUUCAAGGCAGCCGGACUGACGGGUCACCUGCCCUGCGUGCCACCUCUGGCCUCCAUGGUCACCGGAGUCUACCUGAGCAGUGCCAUGCUUAUGGGCCAAGGGUUCAUGGUGUCCACUGUGUCCCGCUACUUCUUCCUGCAUCCGCCGCCGACCUCGACUCUGCCGCUGUGCCCACCAGCCCCAACGUCAGCCCACGUCAACAGCCAUCAGCGAUCGUCCACUGUCUCCCUGCCCCGCCCGCAGGCCAACGCACACCAGGCCAGCACACGGCAGGCCAGUAGCCGAUACCUGGCUGCAUUCACUUACUGACUCUGAGGGCUAGAUUCUAGACAAUGCAUAGCAAAUUGGUCAAUUGAUAUGACAUGGCAGAGUGUUGGCGUGGCCACGAAGUCAAAGUUCACACAUGGCUGUGCCAUCUGGCGAGUGACAGCAGUGGUUCGUCAUCUCCAACAAGGGCAGCUUCCUGCCUGAAAACUGAAGAGGGAUGUGCUUAAACCUACUUUCUUGCUCCACGACGAGCAAAGUGCAAUGUGCUUGAAUUUAGUAGAACUUCUAAUCUGGCAACUCAGCCAUACUUAUUGCCUGCAUGAACCUCAGUGCUGCAUCGAUUAUGACAAGAUAUUAUGGUUGAUAAUGAGUUAUGUCUUGUUACA